GGUGUGCAGCCGCCCGGGGCGCAGGGCGAUGUCUGCCCCGGCGCGCCACGGUCCCCGGGGGAGCCGGGUGCAGCCGCUCGCGCGCCUCUGGUGCCUCUCGGCCGCGCUGGGGAUGCUGUGGUCCCCCGCCUCGCGGGCGUUCAACUUGGACGUGGAGAAACUCACGGUGUACGGCGGCCCCGAGGGUAGCUACUUUGGCUAUGCCGUGGACUUCCAUAUACCUGACGCUCGCACAGCCAGCGUCUUGGUGGGGGCGCCCAAAGCCAACACCAGCCAGCCGGACAUCGUGGAAGGAGGAGCGGUCUAUUACUGUCCGUGGCCGGCCGUGGGGUCAGCGCAGUGCAAACAGAUCCCUUUCGACACCACCAACAACAGAAAGAUCCGAGUUAAUGGAACCAAAGAACCGAUAGAGUUUAAAUCGAAUCAAUGGUUUGGCGCAACAGUGAAGGCUCACAAGGGGAAAGUUGUGGCUUGUGCUCCUUUAUAUCACUGGAGAACUCUUAAACCUACAGCGGAGAAGGAUCCUGUGGGCACUUGCUAUGUUGCGAUUCAGAAUUUCAGUGCCUAUGCAGAGUACUCUCCUUGCCGGAACAGCAAUGCUGACCCUGAAGGCCAGGGCUACUGCCAAGCAGGAUUCAGUCUGGAUUUUUAUAAGAAUGGGGAUCUUGUUGUAGGAGGACCUGGAAGUUUCUACUGGCAAGGUCAGGUGAUCACUGCCAGUAUUGCAGAUAUCAUUGCAAACUACUCAUUCAAGGAUAUUCUAAGGAAACUGGCUGGAGAAAAGCAGACAGAUGUGGCUCCUGCUUCCUACGAUGACAGCUACCUUGGAUACUCAGUUGCUGCUGGGGAAUUCACUGGAGACUCUCAGCAAGAAUUGGUUGCUGGAGUCCCAAGAGGAGCACAGAAUUUUGGAUAUGUUUCAAUCAUUAACUCUACAGACAUGACCUUUAUGUACAAUUUCACUGGUGAACAGAUGGCGUCGUAUUUUGGAUAUACUGUUGUAGUGUCAGAUGUUAACAAUGACGGAAUGGAUGACAUACUGAUUGGGGCACCGCUGUUUAUGGAGCGUGAGUUUGAGAGUAGUCCUAGAGAAGUAGGGCAGAUCUACCUGUACCUGCAAGUGGGUAUGCUCUUUUUCCGAGACCCACAGAUCCUCACGGGCACCGAGACCUUUGGGAGGUUUGGAAGUGCUGUGGCGCACUUGGGGGACCUGAACCAAGAUGGAUACAAUGACAUAGCCAUUGGUGUGCCUUUUGCGGGCCAGGACCAAAGAGGCAAAGUGCUGAUUUACAAUGGGAACCAGGAUGGCUUAAACAUCAAGCCUUCCCAAACUCUGGAAGGAGUUUGGGCCUCACAGGCUGUGCCUUCAGGAUUUGGCUUCACUUUACGAGGCGACUCCGACAUAGACAAGAAUGAUUAUCCAGAUUUAAUUGUGGGAGCAUUUGGAAGAGGAAAAGUAGCUCUUUACAGAGCAAGGCCAGUUGUGACAGUGGAUGCUCAGCUUCUGCUGAACCCAAUGAUUAUCAAUCUCGAAAAUAAAACUUGCCAGAUUCCAGAAUCCAUGACAUCAGUGUCCUGCUUCUCUUUAAGAGUGUGUGCAUCUGUGACAGGCCAGAGCAUUUCAAACACAGUAGCCCUGAGGGCUGAGGUGCAGUUAGAUGCCCUGAAACAAAAAGGAGCCAUUAAGAGAACACUCUUCCUGGAGAACCACCAGCCCCAUCACUUCUUCCCUCUGGUGAUAAAACGGCAGAAAUCUCUCCAGUGCCAGGACUUCAUGGUUUACCUGCGAGAUGAAGCAGAGUUCCGAGAUAAGUUAUCUCCAAUCAAUAUUAAUUUGAAUUACAGUUUGGAUGAAUCUGCCUUUGAGGAGGGUCUGGAAGUGAAACCCAUAUUGAACUACUACAGGGACCACGGUGUUAGUGAACAGGCUCACAUCCUGGUGGACUGUGGAGAAGACAAUCUGUGUAUUCCUGACUUGAAGCUGGCAGCUAGAUCAGAUAAGCAUCAGGUAAUCAUUGGAGAUGAAAAUCACCUUAUGCUCAUAAUAAAUGCAAGGAAUGAGGGGGAAGGAGCCUAUGAAGCUGAACUCUUUGUAAUGAUACCAGAGGAGGCAGAUUACGUCGGGAUUGAACGCAACAACAAGGCUUUGAGAACUCUGAGCUGUGAGUACAAAAUGGAAAACGUGACCAGAAUGGUGGUGUGUGACCUUGGAAACCCUAUGGUGGCUGGAACCAAUUAUUCCCUGGGCCUCCGAUUUGCAGUUCCUCGCCUGGAGAAAACAAACAUGAGCAUCAACUUUGAUCUCCAAAUCAGAAGUUCCAACAAGGACAACCCAGACAGCAACCUUGUGAGUUUGCAAAUCAACAUCACUGCCAUAGCUCAAGUAGAAAUAAGAGGGGUCUCCCACCCGCCUCAGAUCAUUUUGCCCAUUCACAACUGGGAACCUGAAGAGGAGCCUCACCAGGAGGAGGAGGUUGGGCCACUGGUGGAACACAUCUAUGAGCUGCACAACAUUGGACCAAGUACCAUUAGUGACACCAUACUGGAGGUGGGCUGGCCAUUCUCUGCCCGGAAUGAGUUUCUUCUCUACAUUUUUCAUAUUCAAACUCUGGGACCUCUGAGGUGUCAAACGAAUCCUGAUAUCAACCCACAGGAUAUAAAGCCUGCUGCACCCCCAGAGGACACCCCUGAGCUCAGCGCCUUUUUGCAAAACUCCACCAUUCCUCAUCUUAUCAGGAAGAGGGAUGUGCCGGUGGCCCAGCUCCACAGACAGAGCCCAGCCAAAAUCCUGAACUGUACCAAUAUUGAGUGUUUGCAAAUCUCCUGUACAGUGGGACGCCUGGAAGGAGGAGAAAGCGCAGUCCUGAAGGUCAGAUCACGACUGUGGGCUCCGACAUUCCUCCAGAGAAAAAAUGAUCCCUAUGCUCUUGCAUCCCUGGUGUCCUUUGAAGUUCAGAAGAUGCCAUAUAAAGAUCAGCCAGCAAAACUCCCAGAAGGAAGAAUAGCAAUUAAGACAUCAGUUAUUUGGGCGACCCCAAAUGUUUCCUUCUCAAUCCCACUCUGGGUAAUAAUAUUAGCAAUACUUCUUGGAUUGUUGGUUCUGGCUAUUUUAACCUUAGCUUUAUGGAAGUGUGGCUUCUUUGACAGAUCAAGACCGCCACAGGAUGAUAUGACUGACCGUGAACAGCUGACAAGCGACAAGACCCCAGAGGCGUGACAAGAAAAACAAAGGUCAAAGGACAUGCACACUGGUCCUGUGCAAAGACAAGAAAGAACAUCGGGGUUCAAAUAAAGGUUUUCCUGUACCUGCCUGUGACCUCAGAUAUGGAGAGACCCCUGAAAUCAUCGCUUCAUCUACAAAAUGCUUUGGAGAAAUUGUCACAGGCCCAGGGAACAUUUUGAGAAAAGAAAGGCCAAUACUGUGCAAGUAAUCAGCAGUUGUGCACGACUUCUUUUGCUCCAGUCACUCUGUAUUUGGCAGACACUUUGAAAUGGGUGUGGGGCCUCAGGUGGCUGUCUGGGAAAAUCCAACUGAAGUUGCAAAGAUGAGAUGUCAGAAUGAUCAUAGACCUGAGAAGGUGAACUCAGACCAAACUGUCCAACACUACUGUAUCAAACGGAUUAAGUGACACCUCCCUGUGGACGAGAAGUGUUUCUGAUGACACUGUGGCUCAGGGAGACAGGCCCUAUGUCAUUGGUACUGUGAAAGUACGUUGGAAACCACAAAGAUACUCUCAUAAGUGAGGAUAAACAUGUAUUUAUUUAUUUUCCAUCCUCUAGGUUGAGUGUCUGAUCAUUUAGAGGAUCUGGAAAUUGAGAUUUGGUUAGUUCAUUUUUCACUGAAUUUCCUCCUCAGAUCACCACUGUGUGCAGAUUACUCACACAGAAUCAGAGACAGUGUUAAGGAAAAGCAAAUCAAUAUUGCUACUUUCUACCUGAAAUCACUGAUAGCCAUGUUAUUCAGGAACUCAUAUCUGCUUUAACCAGCUUUGAAAAGCAUGUUAUUUACAUAUUUCCUUGUAUAUACAUACAUGUCUCUUCAUUGACUUGGUUAACACAUGAAUGUAAAGAUACUCUCCACACUUUAUGGUAUUUAAAAGGAAAAUGUCUUGAGGUUAUUAGUAUUAACAAGCAAUUUAACAAUAUGGAUAAAGAUUAUUUUUCAAUACUCAUAAGAAGCAACGCCAAUAUUUAGCUUGAGAUUAAGUAACCAAUUUCCACGCUAUACAUUCUACUUAUCAAGCAUAAUUAGGAUGGAAAUGUGAAGCUAUGCAGGUGUGAGGCAACUCUAGAAAAUUGGCUCUUAAGUAUUUCUUUAAAAUUUCUUAUUCCAACACAGUGCUUAUUUUUACAUUUCAUGUUUAUAGUGCAUAACUCUGGAGAAUAUUCUUUUAUUUAAGCCUUUUGCUAAUCCUCUGGAAUUUAGCCAUCAAAAGGAACUGAUGCUUCAGAAUUCUUGUAAAUAAACAUAUUCAUGUGUAGUAUUAUCAUUUUGAAGUAAAAUUGCUAAAUUCAUAGUCUGCACAAUUUUGUAUCCUUUUUAUAAUAAUGGAAAAUAGCUAUGAAGAAGAAAUGCUGAACAAAUUUUUAUGUGCAAUAUUUUAUAAACCUAUGUGUCUGGGACAUGUUUACACUGGCACUAAUUAUUUUUAAUUGAUAUCUUGAUGAUCAAGUAUGAUAGAAAAAGCUAAACAAAAUCUUAAAGUUUACACAGCAGUUGGAAAAAUUAGUGCCCCAAUUUCAAUAAUGACACAUUAUUUGAAAGAAAGCUGAACUCAUGGACACUAAAUUUUUUGCCAGCCUUAACCUGGAGGGAAGCCAAAUGGCUCCAAGCUGCAGAACUUCACUGGGAAGCAAACAAAAGGCACCUGGCAGAAAAUGCUGUUGCCAUGCAUGUUCUCCCGACCUGGAAACUAAACCCUGUCUGGGAGGAGCCCCUGUCUGUCUAACUCACAGUGGCUGAGCCACAGGCACUUGCCUCAGAGUGUCGGAGGAUCCCACAUUGGCCACUGGAGUCCCCAGUGUUAAAACUAUUAAUGUGCUGGGUAGUUGUAGCUGUAAGAGUAGGAGGCCAUGUGCAGUUUUUUCUACCUGAGUCAGGGCUUUCAUUCUUGUGCCUGACCCUGACCAAUAGAAAAAUUAGCACUUUGGGAUCUUGACUCAUAAGAGCUCCCUCCCCCAAGACAAUGGACUCCUUGCCUUUAAGAUAACAUUUACUAAAGAAUGUAGAACUCAUCUGGCUAUCAUGGGUGGGAAAGCUUUCCUUUGCCAAGGACCAUCUGGAUAUUCCUAACAUCCUCUACAGGCCACCAAAAAAACCAAACCAAAACAAAA